UAUUUUCUUUUCAUCUCAUAAGCAUCAGCUAAAUAUAUCUUAUUUUCUCAGUCAUCUAUUUAGUUAUUCUGUUCAUGUUUUGUACAAUUGCAAUUUGAAACAUCUUCUCUGUAUAGAUUGGAAACUGGAUUUCAACAACUCGUAUCUUGAAUCUGAAACAUCGCUCCAAGUUCCUCCGAUUCUCUGCUUGCUAAUCGAAAUACUAUCUUCCUCACUGUGCUUUAGAUCGAAAUGAUGAUGGUUGCUGAGGAGGAGUCAUUUGAGUCGAGUAGAAGAAAGAGGAAACUGCCAGCUGAAGAAUCAGACUUGUUACCCUUAGCUAAACACUUUUGCCUUGAGCAGCAGCAACAAGCUUCUCUUCCUGAUUGGUCGUGUUCAUCCUCAGAUAUAGAAUCCGCGGAAUGUUCAAAUGCUAUGGAAGACACAAAAAACGGAGAUGAGACCUCUUCUUCUGCAUAUGUGUGCAUGUCUGCUAAAGACUCUUGUUAUUCAACCGGAAGUUCAAGUUUGAGUUCGGGUUACGCAGCAUCUGGCAUAGAAGAAUGCUGUUCCAAAGGUAAUGACAAAACACCAGAAGAAUACGUGGAGUUCAUUUGUUCCGAGUUUGCUGUUGAAGAGCUUCUAGGCUGUGAAGAUUCAAAUCUACAAGGGUCUUCUUACACUCUUUCUUCUGCACGGUGGAGUGUGAGCAACCAAGAUAUGCAAGAAGCUACAGCAAAGAAACCAACCAUUGAUAAAGAGUUUGAGGAGUAUUUUUCAACACUUAUGAUGUAACAAAAGAAAGGCUCUUACUACAUCGAUCUCAAAUCGCUGCAAUGUUUGUGUAAAUAUAUGUCAACCUUGUUUCUGAUCUAGAAGAAACAUCCUAAUUAAGAGCAAUAUUGCAUUUACAAUGUUCUUCUGUAAGCUAUGAAGUUAUCUUGUUCAUUCGUUAAAACA